UUUUUCUCCUCUCCAAAAAAACCCCCCACUCCCUCCGGUCUCCAACACAUUACACAGCAUCACCAUGGUCCGCCAUAAGAAAGACAACUUCGCCCGAGGAGGCAAGAAAUUCGCCGCAAACCCCCGCCCCCGUCCUCCCCGCCGCGACGCCGAAGACGCCGACGCCGACGAUGCCGACCGCCCCUCCAGACCUCCCUUCAAGGCCGCCUGCUGGGAUCUCGGCCACUGCGACCCCAAGCGCUGCUCCGGAAAGCGACUGAUGCAGUUUGGCCUGAUGCGCGAGUUGGCCAUCGGACAGCGCUUCCCCGGUGUCAUCGUCUCUCCCAACGCAAAGAAAAUCAUCUCCCCCGCCGACAAAGACCUCCUCGAACAAUUCGGUGCCGCAGUGGUGGAAUGUUCCUGGGUGCGAGUGAAGGAAGUCCCCUGGUCGCGCAUCGGAGGAAAAUGUGAACGACUCUUACCCUACCUCAUCGCCGCCAACACAGUCAACUACGGUAAACCCUGGCGUCUCAACUGCGUCGAAGCCCUAGCCGCCUGUUUCUGUAUCUGCGGACACGAAGACUGGGCCCGCGAAGUCCUCAAACACUUCCGAUACGGCGAGGCAUUUCUGGAAAUCAACUCGAAGCUACUGAAGCGGUAUGCGGCCUGCAAGGACGAAGAUGAGAUGAAGCGCACCGAGGAGGAAUGGCUAGCCAAGAUCGAGAAGGAAUAUGAGGAUAGUCGGGCCGCGGGCGGCGCAGACGAUAUCUGGACGGUCGGAAACACAAAUCGUCGGGCGGAGUCGGAUUCCGAUGAGGAUGAAGAAUGGUCAGACAAGGAAGGAGAGAAUGGAGAGGAGGAAGAGGAAGAGGAAGACAAGGACCCGUUCGCGAUUUCAGAUGACUCCGAGGACGAGGCGCAAAUGGCUGCGAUCCGCGCCAAGAUCCUGAACUCUAAGGCCUUCCAGAACCCCUCGACGGAGGAUAAGCCGCAGCUAGAGAAGAUCGCUCGGCCGGAGGAGUCGAAGGAGCAACAGCCAUUGGAAGAUUCGGACGCGGAAUCCGGCUCCGCGGGCGGCAGCGAGGAUGAGGCCUUCGAUAGUAUCAUCAAUGCGACGCCGGUGACGGAUCGGACGGGGAUCAUUGCCGCGAAGAAGAAAAAGGAGACGGAGACGUUUAGUGCCUCGUUCUCGAGGACGGUGGUGGAUGCGCCCAAGAGGUGGUAGGAUGACUACAUACGAUCGAUUUGCUUUCUUCUCUGUUCGGGUCGGGUCGGUAUGGUUGGAAAAGUUAUGAGCAUCUCAUGGACAUAGGCAUGAUUAUGAUGAAUAUAGUGAUGAAACAUCACCGUCAAUGGAUUCGAUAACCACUCUCAAUAUGCACAACGAAGCCAACGAAGCAACCCACCCCGGAACAAUGCAAUCAUAACAGGCAUCAGGGGCAUACUCAAGGGAU